GGGCGAUGCGCGCGUCACAGCGCCGCCACCCGGAGGGACGCGGGGUCGGGCCCGCCGAGACGCAAGGUCCCGGGGGCUUCCACGCCCUUUCGCCUGACGGGCCUCUCCAGGCCGCGAUCCGGGAUUGCCAUCCGGCAGUGACAUGGCCGCGCCCACCCGGUCCUCCGAGUAACCGGAGGGGUCCUCCGCUGCACCGCGGUGCGUGGUGAUGACGUCGCAGCCACUCGGGGCCGCAGGGCCCGCGGCUCAGAUUGCGCAAAGGGUGGCCCGGCGCGGCCAGCGCGCAGGCGCCGCGGCUCCCGCAGUGUCCGAGCUGUCGCGGUGGCCGCGCGCGAGCAACCCCGCGCUCCGCCGCCAGCGCUCUGCGCAGGCGCUGCGAAAGGACUAGGGGGUGCCCCCCCCCCCCCCCGCGAAAUCACGCUCCCAAGACACACCCCUCGGAGCCGUGACGUCAGCUAUGCCUCCGCCGCGGGGUGACGUGACCGCCUUGUUCCUGGGGCCUCCGGGCUCGGGAAAGUCUUCACUGAUUGCCGCGCUCUGCGACAAGGGUGUGGAAACCAUCGACAUCCCCGAGGGACGGCCCGAGUCCAAGAUCCCCAGUUUGCGCGCCGCCGGCCCAGGCCUCUUCUUGGGCGAGCUGAGUUGCCCUCCCGCGGCGCCGGGACCCUGGGCUGCCGAGGCCGACGUUCUGGUGCUGGUGCUGCCUGGGCCCGAGGCUCACGCAGAGCCUCUAGCCCCCGCGCUGGGGGAAGCAGCGCGGACCGCCCUGGCUCGGGGGACACCGCUGCUGGCGGUGCGCAAUCUCCGCCCUGGAGACGCACAGAAUGAACCCCAGGCCCGGGAGCAGACAGAGACCCUGCUGGCCGGCGCGGGGCUGGGAGCGGCUCCCUUAUUCGUGCUGCCCGCUGACUGCGGUGGCCGUGACGACUGCGAGGAGCUGGAGCGCCUGCGGGCGGCGCUAGAGAGCCAGGCAGAGGCGUUACAGAGACUCCUGCCACCGGCUCAGGAUGGUUUUGAGGUGCUGGGUGCCGCAGAAUUAGAGGCUGUUCGAGAAGCCUUCGAGACUGGCGGCCUGGAGGCGGCACUGUCGUGGGUUCGUGCUGGCCUGGAGCGACUAGGUAGUGCACGGUUGGACGUCGCUGUGGCCGGCACUUCGGGUGUGAACCUUGUGCUGGACACGUUAUUGGGGCUGGAUCCUGAUGAUCCUGGGGCAGCGCCUUCUUCAGAGCCUGCGGGGCCCACGUCAUACCCGGCCCCCGAGCGCCCCAAUGUGGUGUUCUGGGCUGUGCCGCUAGGCUCCAUGAGCACUGCCACUGCCUCCCACCCGGCUCACUAUGAUGCCCUCAUCCUGGUCACCCCUGAGGCCCCCACUGAGAAGGACUGGGCGCCCGUCCGACCCUUGGUGCUACCAGACGCGCCCCUGGCCUGCGUGAGAACAGAUGGCAAGGGUGAGAAUCCAGAGUUGCUCGAAGAAGGAAAGGUGGAGAAGCCCAUCAGCGAGAGUUUAGAGAACUCAGGCGGAGGGGAACUGGAGAAAGCUGGUGGAGAGGGUGCGGAGGCGUGUAGCCCAGGAUGCCAGAAAGCAGGUGGUGGGAGCGGGCAGCAGGUUGGUAUGGCCACGAAGAAAUCAGGCAGCGGGGACACCGACUGCCCAGCUGCCUUGAGCCCAGAGGAUGAGGCGUGGGAGGUGCUGGAGGAGGCACCACCGCCAGUGUACCCCCUGAGACCGGGUGGGCUCCCCGAGCUCUGCGAGUGGCUGCAACGCGUGCUCCCCGCGGCCCAGGCGGGGGCCCUGCUCCUGGCGCUGCCCCCCACUUCUCCCCGCGCCGCCCAAAAGAAGGUGGCGGCACUGCGAGCCGGAGCGUGGCGGCCGGCGCUACUGGCCAGCCUGGCAGCGGCGGCUGCCCCAGUCCCCGGGCUCGGCUGGGCGUGCGAUGUGGCACUCCUGCGGGGUCAGCUGGCUGAGUGGCGCCGGGCUCUGGGGCUCGAACCGGCGGCCUUGGCCCGCCGGGAGCGUGCACUGGGCCUGGCCCCCGGGGCGCUGGCGGAGCACACGCGCUUCCCAGGCCCCGUGACACGCGCUGAGGUGGAGGCACGCCUGGGUGCUUGGGCAGGCGAGGGCACAGCGGGGGGCGCGGCACUGGGCGCCCUCUCCUUCCUCUGGCCCGCGGGAGGCGCGGCGGCCACGGGCGGCCUGGGCUACCGCGCAGCACACGGUGUCCUGCUGCAGGCGCUCGAGGAGAUGCUGGCCGACGCCGAGGCCGUGCUGGCCGUCCGGGGUUCCCCACAGUGAGGAUGCUUGUCCCUGCCAGCGUCAGAGCACU